CGCACAUCUCUAACGCGCUCUUUUGUUUUGUUUUGUUUUUUUUUUGUCUUUUUUUUUUUUAAUACUUUUCCUAGUUUAGCUUAUUUAUGUUUGUUUGCAAUGCUGUCGCAUAUCGAGGAGGAUGUGCCGGAAUUACUGAUGCAGCGCAACACAGUUGCCUACUGCAGUCAGCUGCACGUGAAGCAAACAAAAUCCAGCCUGCUGCUCAGUCGCCAACUCAAAUUCUACGAGUUCCGCAAAAAGGUGCUGUUGCAUCAUAUCGAUCUAAGGGACAGCGGCUUGAUGCAACUCGCCACCGAAUUGUUGACAUACAGCGGACCCAUCCACAGCUUCCUCAUACGCGACGAUGUGACGAUGGACAUUAGCAGCGAUUCGACAAGCUACAGCAUGUUGCACGCUGUCGAGGAUCUGCCGCUGAGCAUUGGCAAAUAUGUUUGGCUGAAUGAAGAGGUAUAUUUGUUGUUGCGCUGCUGGCACAAGCUGCUCGUCCUGCAGCGACCCAAGCUGGAUGGUGCACCCUUUCUGCUGAUCGCCCAGUUUGAUAAUCUACAGGAUUAUCGCUUGGUGCGCAGUCCCAUCAAAUAUCAGGCACACGUCGAGCUCCAUUUUACAAACGGCAAACGAUUGCGCACAAAUUUCCAAACAGCUAACACGGCUGAGACACCAGCUCCAACUGGCAGUGCACACACAGUCGAUGGCUUCCACCGUCUGCUGGCGCGUGUCCACUACGCACGCGCCGAGCUGCAAGCGCAGCGUGUCCAAACUGAAUUGGAUUUUGGGCGUGCCCGCGACCGAUUGGCAUUCGGCGUGCCCGGCCAGCGUUCGCCGUUGCUGGAGGAGAAGCAGCUGUUGCGCCGCUGCGGUGAUCUCUGGACACGCAUCUGUGGCGAUUGUCUUGUGCUGGGCACCCUGCUGACCAAUGCGACGGGCAACAAUCGGUGCAGCACGUUGCACGCACUGCGUCCGCUCCUCUGCUGUCUGCCCGCCGGAUGUGGUCUGAACUAUGCUCAUCGCUUGUACGAGCUGCCCAUGCAAUCGGAUGGCCAGUCGCCGGAGGAUUAUGAUGGAUUCGCCCAGUUCGGAGCGUGUUACGAAGAGCACAGCGCGCACAGCAAUGGCUUUAACUGGCCACCGGCAGCGAGCAUCGUCCACAAAUUGGCACCGGAAAGCAGCUCUGUGUUGCUGCUGCGCCUGCAGCUAGACGAUUUGAUGGCGCUGGAGGAGAUCCAAUUGCUUGUCACCUACGAGCUGCAUGCGGCGGAUGCGAAUGAUGUACGGCAGCUGCAGCUGCAAGUGGCCACCAUUAAGGUGGGGCAGCUGUUGCAGCAGCAGUCGCUGCAUGUGCCCAGCUUUGGGGCGGCAACACUUCAUCAGGAUUUCCUGGCGGUGAUCAUGGCGCAGACAGCGCAUUGCGCGCUGCGACUGCAGUUUCAAGGCGUCGAGCAGCAGACACAGUUCGAGCAGCUGCUCAUCGGCAAAUGGGGCUAUGUGGCUACAAUGGUGCCCCAGACGGAUCAGCAGCAGCAACCAACAAAGCAGCAGCAGGAGCAGGAGCAGCAAGGGCUUGAGGCUGCGCAGCUCUUGGAUGACUUUGUCUUUGACAACCGAAGUCACAGUGGCAGCUGUGGCUUAACCCCAACUGGCGCACAUCAUUGCAUCUUUUAUAAUCGAUCGUCGGAGGUGUUGCUGCUGCACAAUGAGCCUGGCCAGCACUGGCAUCUGUUUGCGCGCAGCCAGACGCAGCUGGGCCUGCUGCUGCGCCGUCUCCAGCAGGAUCUGUUGCAGCUGCACUGCAACCUGUCGCUGUUGCGGCUGGAGCACGAGGCGGAGUGCCGACGUCCGGCAAAUGCAGCGCUGCUCCUCGAAUCGGCACUGCGCGAUGAGCUGCAAGCCCGAGCCGAACUAUUCCAGGCACCAGCGGCGUCAACGGCCAGCAAACAGAGGCGUCUGCAUCAGCUGGAAAUGGCCAAUGAUUUGCUGAUAUCUGUGAUAAGCAGCUAAACGCAGCUGCAAUCAACCAGCAGCAGCAGUGCCGUGCCAUGUAGUCUGGUGUACUUUUGUCCAAACUGAUUGUAUUCUAAAUUAACUGCUUAAUCAAUUUAUAUUUUAAAUAUUUAAAUAUAUUAUUAGGUUCAUUU